UUUUGUAUUUGUAGUAAUAUCUUGUACAUUAUUUAUUGAAUGUUAUUGUUACGCACGAAUGUCGUAAUAUAAAAAAAGCAAAUAUUUCGAAAUACAUUCACUGUCAGUUGAUUAAGCUCUUGUAUAACAUCAAGAUUUGAAUGGAAGGAUCUAGAAAAAAAUACUUAGAAAUAUGGUGGGACGGGAUCAAAAGCUUGCCACAGACUACGUCGAUCCAUGGGUUCAGGUUUAUAGCUGACUCUAACAAACAUUGGCUAGAAAGGAUAUUCUGGCUCAUAUUUGUUAUAUUGUCUUGGUAUGGUUCAUCUCUGUUGAUAGCCGCUCAGUACGACGCAUUCCAGAACAAUCCCAUAUCAUUCGUGGUAGAGACAGCAUACAAGGACUGGGAUACCCACUUUCCUUCCAUUGCUAUAUGUGAGAAUGAUAACCCGAAACGUAUCGAAGAGAUAUCUGACAGACUAUGGGGUUCAGAUCACGAUUUUAACAUGGAGGAAGUAUUAAAAGAAUUAGCAUAUUUCAAGGGCGUUACAUACUAUAUUUCAGAGUUUUGUGGUUUGGACGAUCCACUACCGGAUUGUAUUAAAUCCAAUUUUACACACUACGCUCAUAUGGUUCGAAGCAUUUGCGAAGAGACUAUUGCAGAUUGUGCAUGGAACGACCAAACCUUCGACUGUUGCACUUAUUUUAGACCUAUGGAUACGGAGCUGGGCACGUGCUAUGCUAUAAACACUAUGCAGGGAAGAGAAGUAAAUCCACCUCGCUUUCCAAUGAUAAGUAACAGGACCACAGGGCCGGGGGCGCUUAGUUUUAAAGUUAUGAUAACUGGUAAUGUGUACAUCAUGAACGAGGAAGAAGUGCCAGCGUUGACAACCACUGGUUCGGAUAUUAUGGUAGUCGGUCCUGAAAUAUAUCACAGGCGCUACAUAUCGAUAAGAAAUAUCGAAAAUGAUGCUGGUGCACGAAUGAUCGCUCCAAAGAAGCGAAAAUGUCGAUACACAGAUGAAAAUUUUGUAGAUAUUUAUCGUCAUUAUUCAUACACUGCAUGCACGGUGCAAUGCAGGAAAGAAGCACAACUGCGUCUUUGUAAUUGUUCAAAUUACUUCAUACCUAACGUGGCAGAACAUCUCAAAUGUAACCUCAGCGGUAUUAUCUGUUUAAACAACAAUGUCAACGUACUUUCCGUUCUAAAAGCUUCGUGGUCUUCGCGAGACGGUCUUUACUGCGAUUGCCUACCAUCAUGCACUGAAGCCGAAAUAACCAUAGUAAAUGAUUUCAAAGAUGUCACAACGGACAGUUUUGCACGUGUACAGAUUCACUUGGCUAUGCUGCCCAGUGAACGAUAUAGAAGAAACGUAGUACGUGGCGUACUCGACUUAGUAGUAUCGACCGGUGGAACGGGUGGCUUAUUUAUCGGGGCCAGCAUACUUAGCUUUGUAGAGCUGAUUUAUAUAUUGCUAAUACGUCCAUUCUGCGGUAUGUGGAGCCAGCGUGACGAUGAUCCUUGGUACAAGAAGUUUGGUACUCGUCGCAUUGAAGAUAACAAAUUCAUACCCAAUUGGAGCUGGGCUUACUUCAAACCUAAAUCCGUAAAAUUGAAUAAAUAUGUUAGUCGUUAGGAAUUGCACCUUAAAAGUCUUCAUUGUGUAAUAUGGUUUAUUGUGUGUAUUAGUUUUAUCUAGUGACAAGACGAGUGUGCACCUAGGUAUUCGUAGAAAUCACUACGAGCACAAAUCAUAUUAUAUAAGUAGUUAUGGUGCAUGGUCACAAUCGAUAAAAAAACGGCUAUUUUAUUUUUUAUAAAAUGUAUUGCCACUAUAAAUAUUAUCUUAUAAGUUAUAUAUAGUACGUUUUCACUAUAUUAUGCUAUUCUAAG